AUGGCCGUUGAUUCGGCUGACCGGCGAGAAGUCGUCGUCAAAAUCGACGAUGAUAACGGAACCAGCGGCGGCAAUGGAGUCUCCGGAGAGACGAUGGGGAAGAUAUGGAGAGACGGAAGUUACGAUUUCUGGACUGACGGACAAGGCGUCCUCCACAAAGGGAUAAAUGACGCGACCGAUGCUGAGAGAUCCGCCGCGUCGGAGGACGAGAGAGGCGAUGACGAAGCCUUCGAGUUCCGGCGCGGCGAGGAUCCUCCGACGAAGCUAAUCGGUCAGUUUCUCCAUAAACAGCAAGCUUCCGGCGAGAUUUCUCUAGAUAUGGACUUAGGUAUGGACGAGCUUAAUUCGAGGGGUUUAACUCCGGUUCUGGAGUCUCCGGCGUCGGCGAAAGCUUCUUCCACUGGCGCCGCAAACAAACCCGACGCCGUGGGGAGACGAGAUAGCCGGAGUAACAGCAUUAACAACAAUAACAACAACGACGACGGAGAAGUUGUCAAGUGUAGUGGGAACGCUCCGAAUCAGAGAAACUCUAGCAAUUUGAUUAAGAUGCGAACUAGGUCACGCCUCUCGGAUCCACCAACGCCGAAGCCGCCGCUGCCGCCGCAAGCCACGGAGAUGAAAUCGGGUCGGAUUCCGAAAUCCGGGCAGUUGAAAUCGGGUUUUUUCGGGAAAAGCCCCAAAAAUCAAGCGGAGGAGGAAGAAGACGAUCCAUUUGCAGAAGAGGAUUUACCAGAAGAGUAUAGGAAAGAUAAACUCAGUCUCUGGAUUGUGUUUGAAUGGCUGAGUUUGAUUUCGAUCAUCGCUGCGUUGGUUUGCACAUUGGCGAUACCUUCCUUGCGUAGGAAGAAACUAUGGGAGCUUCAGCUAUGGAAAUGGGAAACAAUGGUGUUAGUGUUGAUCUGUGGGAGAUUAGUCUCUAGCUGGAUUGUCAAGAUAGUCGUCUUCUUCGUGGAGAGGAACUUCCUUCUGAGGAAGAGAGUUUUGUAUUUCGUCUACGGUGUGAGAAAAGCUGUGCAGAAUUGCUUAUGGUUAGGGCUUGUGUUGCUCGCUUGGCAUUUCUUGUUCGAUGAGAAAGUGGCUCAAGCAGCGAACACAAAGGCGCUUCGUGUUGUGACGAAGAUCAUUGUGUGUUUGUUGAUUGGGUUCUUGCUUUGGCUAGUGAAGACGCUACUGGUUAAAGUUCUCGCUUCCUCGUUCCAUAUGAGCACUUACUUUGACAGGAUUCAAGAGACUUUGUUUACACAGUACGUGAUUGAGACGCUCUCUGGUCCUCCUUUGAUUGAGAUCCAAAAGAACGAGGAGGAAGAAGAGAGGAUCAGUGUGGAGGUUAAGAAGUUUGGUGGUGGUGUUGAGGUUCCUUCAGGGGCUCAGAGAACUCCGACGGUGGUUGGGAAAAGCCAGCUGUUCUCUGGUGUUCUCGCUGGUGGAGGAGGAGGAGGAGACAACAAAGGGAUUACGAUCGAUAACCUUAAUAAGCUGAAUCCUAAGAAUGUUUCGGCUUGGAAGAUGAAGAGGCUGAUGUAUGUAAUCAGGCAUGGAUCACUUACCACGUUGGAUGAGCAGCUGCAAGAUCCAAGCUUGGAUGAUGAUAAAGGAAACCAAAUCAGAAGUGAGUUUGAGGCAAAGCUUGCUGCAAGAAAAAUCUUUCACAAUGUUGCCAAGCCUGGAUCAAAAUUCAUCUACUCGAAGGACAUUUUGAGGUUUUUACCAGAAGAUCAAGCUUUGAAGACUUUAUCUCUCUUUGAAGGAGCAUCUGAGACGAAUCGGAUCAGCAAAUCAUGUCUUAAAAACUGGGUGGUGAAUGCAUUCAGAGAGAGAAGAGCGCUUGCAUUGACACUAAACGACACGAAAACAGCAGUGAACAGGCUUCACAAGAUGGUGAACAUCGUAGUUGGGAUCAUAAUUUUCGUCAUCUGGCUAAUCGUACUUGGAAUCACCAACACCAAGUUCCUAGUGGUCAUGAGUUCGCAAGUCGUGGUCGUGGCGUUCAUAUUUGGAAACAUGUGCAAGAUCGUGUUUGAAUCUAUCAUCUACCUGUUUGUGAUACACCCUUUCGAUGUAGGUGAUCGUUGUGAAAUCGAUGGAGUCCAGAUGGUUGUGGAAGAGAUGAACAUAUUGACAACAGUGUUCUUGAGGUUUGAUAACCAGAAAGUCGUGUAUCCAAACAGUCUUCUCUGGACUAAAUCCAUCGGAAACUAUUACCGUAGCCCUGACAUGGGAGAUGGAAUCGAAUUCUCCAUCCACAUUGCUACUCCAGCUGAGAAAAUCAUCCUCAUCAAGCAGAGAAUCACAAGCUACAUUGAGGGGAAGAAGGAUCAUUGGUAUCCAGCGCCAAUGAUAGUGUUCAAAGACAUGGAGUCAUUGAACAGUGUGAGGAUUGCGGUUUGGCCAACGCAUCGAAUGAAUCAUCAAGACAUGGGAGAGAAAUGGGCGAGAAGAUCUCAGCUUGUUGAAGAGAUUGCCAAGAUUUGCAGAGAGCUUGACAUUGAGUAUCGGUUGUUUCCUAUCGACAUCAAUGUCAAGAACAUGCCUAAUCCUACUGCUUUGCCUGUUUCCGAUCGUCUUCCACCUCACUGGUCUGCUCCUCCUUCUGGCAGCAACUGA